AUAGCAUUCUUCAACCUUCCCCUUCCAUUUUUUUCUGGUGAAAACCCACAAACCCAAAUCUCUCAUUUACCGAAAGGGACAAACUCUCUCUCUCUCUCUCUCUCUCUCUCUGUUUUGGAUUGUUAAUCUGUGAGAAUCAAUCAGAAUGCCUCGUCUAAGCGCUUUGGCAAUCAUUUUCUUAGUGGUCUUGGCCUCAUUUGCGGCAGCUUCAGAAAGCAGAAAGCUUUUGGACAUGAAGAAGCAGGAUGGUGAUGGCCAGUACAGGAAGAGAGUGGCUUCUCUGUUUCUAGGUGCCCUUCCGAAGGGCACAGUGCCCGCUUCUACACCCAGCAAGAAGGGCCACGCCGUCGUCAUCAACGAGAAGCUCAUUGCUCGCCAUCUCAGCAGCAACGAUCGGAUUCUGGCGCAGGCUGUUCCCAGCCCCGGUGUUGGCCAUUGAUUCAUUGCUAGCAUAUAUACCAGCAAUAUUAUUCUUAUAUUUUUUCAUUAGUUUCAAUAAUUUUAUAAUCCCUCUACAAUUUUGGGUUCUUCUUGGGGUUAGAUGUAGAAUUUAGAACAGAACUUGAAAUGUAUAGACAGUUAUGGUUGGGAUUCAUUUUGCAAUCUGUACAAUCCCUUUAUAUAUAUAGAUGCAAGAAUUCUCAUAGCUAGAUAUGAGAUUGUUUCUUUUU